AUGGCUUCACGUCGUGGAAUAUUUUUUAAUUCAAAAUCACGUACAGUUGAUAAAGUUCAACAAUUACCGACACAAAUAUCAAAUGAAAUACCAAGUAAUGACAAUAAUAAUAAUAAUACUAACAAUAAUACUAAUCCUCAAGCAACAACAGUAAAAAAAAAGAUUAUAUUAAAUCAUACAAAACGAACAUUAACGAAAACAAAUUAUUCUGGACCACGAAAAAUCUUUAGUACAAAUUAUAAAGCAAAUCGAACGCAACUAAAUCAUAAAGCAUUUUUUGGUGGUAAUACAGAUGAAUAUGAUUUAGAUAAUAAUGAAAUCAAUACUAAUAAUACUCUUCAUACAAAAACAAUCAUUUCAAGUAAUAAAACACAUAUUGAACAAAAACAGAUGCAAACAACAAUUGUAUCAAAUUUUCGACAACCAACAACAUGUGCAGAACUUGAUGAAACACAAAGUUAUAUUGAUGAAAUGGAUUAUCUUUUAACAGGAUUUCAACCUGGAAAAUUACUCGUAGAUCGUUGUCUUAGUGCAAUUAAAUUUGCUGAAUUAUGUAUUAAACCAACAUUUCGAAUGCAUCUACGCACGAAUCGUGCAUUAGAACGAAUUUUUGAUUUAUUCAAAGAUACACCAAAUAUACCGAGUUUAAAUUUAUGUACAACGUUUAUUUUCUAUAUACUUUCAUCAGAUACAUUAGCAUCAGGAUUAAAUUCAAGUGCAAUACAUUUAAUAUUAGAUUUAGUUGAUAAAAGUUCAUCGAUAAAUCCAAAUGAUGAAGAAUAUAAUAAAAUGAAAGAACGAAUAUUAAAUAUAAAUCAAAAAUCAUUACCAGAUAAUAUUUUUUAUGAACAAAGAUUUAAUAUAUGUGAUAUGAUUCUGGAAACAUUUGUUAAUAUUUCUCGUAAUAAUUUAAAAGAAUCUUUAAGAAAUGAACUACGUACAUUAGGUGGUUUUGAUUUAAUAAUUAAAGCAGUCAAUUCAAUAGUACAAGAUUUAGCAAAUAAUGAUUUUAAAUGUUAUUCAUUAUCAGAAUUAUCAAUACGUUAUCGAAAAGUCUGUCGAUAUAUAAAUAUGCUUGAAGAAUUUGCAAAUGAAAAUUCCGAACAAUCAUCAGCAUCAAAAUCAAAUAUAAAUAUUAAUCGAAUGUAUAUUGCUCAAUAUAAUCAAUAUUCAUUGUUUCAUUCAUUAUCAAAAUUACUUGAUCUUUCAUUAAUCUGGUUACAACAAGGGCCAACAAUUAAUCAAACUAGUACUACAGCAACGAAUGUCAAAGAUACAAAUUCAUAUGAUAUGUUUCGAGAGGGAUGUAAAGCAAUCAUGUCUAUACUUGUUAUUAUUACGAAUGAUUGUGAAGUUCUUUGUGAUCGUUUAACAUCGGAUGAUCGAUUUUUUUCAAAUCUAUUUCGUUUACUUGUUACUAUUGAAAACAGUUCAUUUAGUAAUGAAGAUAAAUUUGAUGCACUUGCAUUGACCCUUAAUUUAUUAAUCAAUCUCGUGCAAAAUACAAAAUAUAUUUAUAAACAUCUGAUGGAAACAAAUAUGCCCGAUGGAAGUACAGUAAAAAUUUAUGAAUAUCUUGCUAAAUUAUUUUGUGAACAAGAAUCUUCAGCUGCUAAAGCUGAAUCUCACGAAGAAAAUGACUGGAUGAUGGAAGAUGUUGAUGAUAAUGAUUUUGAUGAAGAAUCUGAUAAAAAACCGACAAAUGAAAAUGGGGCGAAUUUUAAUCGUGCUCUACAAAAAGCUGCUGGUCAUAUGGAAAAUACAUUUGUUGCAGCAUUUACUGGUGUUAUAUUAGCGGUUAUUUUAUUACGAGAUCAAACAAAAUAUGCAUCACAAAUACGAGAAUUAAUGCCACAAAAGAAAUUCGAUACAAUGGCUUUUAUAUUAAAAAAAUUUUUCGUUUUUAUGCAUAUGUCGCAUGCAUUUACACCAUCGGGUGUAAAAAUUCUUGAAGAACUUAUUUCAAUGGUUUUAUCAUUAUGUGGAUAA